AUCGCUAUAGAAUGAAAACAAUCGCCACAAACUUAAUUAUGUCUUUGGUUGAAAACCCAACUUGAACGGCAAAGACACUUUCCACUCACCACAAUAACACCCCAAGACUCCUCAACUAAUGAAGUAAACUAAUUCUACACGUCAUAUAUAGAUAACACUCACUAUUGCUAUUGCUAUAUAUAUAGUUUGGGGUGGUUUCUUUCUCUUAUCUAUUAGUAUACACACACAAACAGACAUUCCACUAAUUAUUAAGAGAUAUAGAGAAGAUGAAGAUGGGUGGUUCAUCAUCCUCGCCUGUAGUGGAAUCAGCAGCAUGGUUCUGUGUGGUGGUGUUGGUGGGUAUGAUAAUGUUGGGGUCCAUAAGGGUUGAUGAUGAUGGUGGUGGUGUUGUAAAAGGGGAGAAGCUGGGAGAGAGAAGGGUGUGUGAUGAGAUAUAUGUUGUGGGAGAAGGGGAGACACUUCACACAAUCAGUGAAAAGUGCGGUGAUCCCUUCAUUGUUGAGAGGAAUCCACAUAUCCAUGAUCCUGAUGAUGUUUUCCCUGGCCUUGUUAUCAAAAUCAUCCAACACCACCACCACUAGCUACCUACCAACCACAACAUACACAUCAUAUACUACAUAGUUUCUAGUUUAAUUUUCUCUGUCUUUGUCAUUCUAUAGCAGGAAGAUCACAUAUAUAAAGGGAGAAGUUCAACAACACAUCUUGUAGUUAUCUAUAGUUAUAUACUUACAUACAUUAGCUAGGUUUCUUCUUAUUCUUCUUCUUUCAUUUAAUCACUUUGAAGAAUCAUAAUGAAAAUAUACAGUGUGGACUAGUUUGUGCCACAUGAAUAUUUCCCAGAGAAAUAUGAGCUUCCCAUUUUUAUGUAAAUUCAGGCAUGUAUAAUAUUGUUCUGACUUUA